AUGGUUUUCGGUACUCUUCCGGGGACUAUUUACCCCUUCCUUUUCAACUACCUAAAUAUGGAAGGCACGCAGGCUGUCUCGGCUACUGUGCUAAUCAACAUGCCGUGGUCGUUCAAGCUUUUCUUCGGUAUGAUCUCGGAUUGCGUUCCUAUCCGAGGUUACAGACGUCGUCCGUUCAUGGCUAUCGGAUGGACUAUCUGCUUCUCAAUGCUGUUGCUAAUGUCCUGCAUGGAUGCCGGUGACCCGUACUACCCGGACAGCACGUACGCGACAAUGAACAAGGACGAGCUGACCCCUGAGAUCAUUGCCACCUUCAACGAGUCAGCGCACCACGCUGGUAGUAAAUUCGUCGUUCUUAUGAUGAUUGCAGCGAUAGGGUACGUCGGAGCUGAUGUGGCAGCAGACGCCAUGAUGGUCGAAGUCGCCCAACGUGAACCAGUAGCCACAAGAGGGUAUACCCAGACAACGAUCUACAUGGUUCGUACUGCGUUUAUCAUGAUCUCCAGCAUUCUCACAGGCAUGACCUUCAACGGCAAAGACUACGGUGGUGAUUUCGACUUCUCGCUGACAUUUCCGCAGCUUAUGGUCGUACUCUGUAUCUACUGUUUCCCAGUGAUCCCGAUCUCGUGGUAUUUUAUCGUGGAAGACCCUCACCCUGGUGUGGUUUUCCGUGAGUAUUUGGAUGAGCUCUGGCAGCUCAUCCAGAUGCGUCCAAUGUAUCAGGUCAUCGCGUACAAGUUUCUGGCUGGGAUCUUCGAAAACUUCUCCGUCACCUGUACAGACCCGAUGCAACGGUACUGGGCACAAGUGACACCUCUGAACCAGAAGAUCAUGACCGUCGUAGGAAAUGGGAUCUUUGCUGUGACACUGUACUUGACCGCCAGGAUUGGACUCCAAUGGAAUUGGAGGAAAAUGCACGCCAUCACGAUCGUGUCCGUGACAGUCCUGGAUUUAAUAGUGAACAUGCUAACGACGUGGGACAUCGUUCGAAACCAGUGGUUCUGGUUGGGUGUCCCAGUAGCGGAGGCGUUGCCGAACGGUAUUGCGUUUGUGAUCGCAACUUUCGUUAUGGUGGAACUGGCGGGUGAAGGCAACGAAGGGGCUGUAUACGGUCUGGUGGGGUCGAUCACUAAUAUUGCCAUACCGUUAGCCAGUACGUUGACUAAAGCUGUGGGCAGCAACUUUGACGUAACAAAUGAGGACAUUGUCGAGGACUCAAGGCACGUUCGCUGGGAGGUGACGUACUUCCUCAUCAUAAGGUACUCGAUAAACCUCGCUGGACUACUUUUCUUGCCGCUGUUGCCGAGCCAAAAAGCGGAGACACAGCAGCUAAAACGAUUCGGUGGAUCGAGUCGAUUCAUGGGCUAUCUGACGAUCGCCUACUUUGUGUUUUCACUCUGCUGGACUGUCAUUAUCAACGUCAUGAGCAUUUAUCCAGCGACAUCAUGCUUACGGGUUGCUGGUGGUACCGGCUGCGAUUCAAUUAAUCGCGUCUAG